CGCGCCCCGCCCCGCCCCGCCAGGCCCGCCUUCCUGAUGUCAGGGCGCCUCCGCCUGCCGCACUACCUCCCAGAGCGCGCACCGGACAGCCGCAGCUGGGCCUGGGCUGACACCGCGACCCCAGCCUCUCGGUCGGCGUAGAUGGGCGGCGGUCUGGUCUGGCGCCUUGCGCGCUCCGCGCCUUGUGCCCCGUGCCGCGGUCACAACUGAGCGCCCCGUCCCUCCUCGCCGCGGGGGGCAGGGCAGAGAUCGGGCGGCUCAGCAUCCACUGCCGGCGACCGGUGCACCCCCCGAGCGUCCGUCAGAGCCGAGCACGCCCGCACUCCUGCUCCUGAUCCGGAGAGGGCCUCGCACCGGAGCCUCCUGCAGGCGGCGCAGGCGGCGCGGUAGAUAACGACUGCUGGGCCUCGGCACGUUGACAAGACCUGCAGCGGGUACUGCGCAGGAUUGCUGUGAAUUGAGGCGGGCAUUCGCUCUCCGGAAGAAUUUGAACGUAAAUCUGAUUCUGGGCACUAUGGCCCUGAGGCUUUUAGAAGACUGGUGCAGGGGAAUGGAUAUGAACCCUCGGAAAGCGCUGCUGAUUGCAGGCAUUCCCCAGACCUGUGGUGUGGCAGAAAUCGAGGAGGCUCUGCGGGCCGGACUGGCUCCUUUGGGUGAAUACAGACUGCUUGGGAGGAUGUUCAGAAGGGAUGAAAACAGGAACGUAGCUUUAAUAGGUCUCACUGAAGAGACAAGUCAUGAUCUAGUUCCUAAGGAGAUACCUGGGAGAGGGGGUGCCUGGAGAGUGAUCUUUAAGCCGCCAGAACCGGAUAAUGAAUUUUUAAGGAAAUUAAAUGAGUUUUUAGAAGGAGAGGGUAUGACAGUGGGUGAGUUGACCAGAGCUUUUGGGUGUGGAAAUAGCCCUUUAGACCUAGACCGGGGCGUGAUCCCUGAAAUGCAGGCGGCUAUGUUGACACAGGCAUUAGAUGAGGCUCUUCAGCCUGCCCUGCAAUACCUAAAUUAUAAAAAAUUGAGACUGUUCUCAGGCAGGGAUCCUCCAGAGCCAGGGGAAGAAGAAUUUGGACCUUGGAUGUUUCAUACUACUCAGAUGAUGAAGACAUGGCAGGUGUCUGAUGCAGAAAAGAGAAGGCGAUUAAUAGAGAGCCUUCGGGGCCCAGCAUUUGAUAUUAUUCAUAUCCUCAAGAUAAAUAAUCCUUUAGUUAAGGUCCCUGAGUGCCUGCAGGCUCUUGAGACAGUAUUUGGAGUUACUGAUAAUCCUUGGGAGUUGCAGGUCAAAUAUCUAAACACUUACCAGAAGGAUGAAGAAAAGUUGUCUGCUUAUGUACUAAGGCUAGAGCCUUUGUUACAGAAACUGGUACGGAGAGGAGCAAUAAGGAAAGGCGAUGUGAAUCAGGCCCGCCUAGACCAAAUCACAUCAGGGGCAAUUAGCAGAACAGUUCGAAGACAGUUUGAUCUGCCAGAGGAUGGCCCAGCUCCAGGCUUACUGCAGUUACUGGCACUGAUAAAGGAUAAGGAGGCAGCUGAGGAGGAGGCAGCCUUUCUCCAGGUGGAAUUAGAAGGGCAUUUCACCUGAAUCUCAGGAAACCAUGGAUGUCUGGCACCGAGCAGAGCAUGGAGGUAGAUGAAUCCAUGUACUCCAGUGAUAGACACUAACCAAUCCCCACCUUGCCUGCCAAGUGACUCAUUUUUGUCCUCAGUGUAAACCAUUUGUCAUUUCUGUGCCUUUUCAAUGUCUCUUAAAUGUGUUACCCCUGUGGAUUUUUAAAAAUCAUAUAAAUUCAUACAAAAGAUCUAUCUUGCAGCACUGAGAGGCAGGCAGGGCUCAGAUACAUAUGCAAACCAGGUCUCACUGAGAGUUCUGCUUGUUUGGUAGCAGGAGCAAGUGUAGCAUGUCACAUGUGAUCAUGUUGUGUCAUCAGUAGUUUUUAGGUGUGUGUAUUGCCCUGCAUUAUAAAGGAGGAUGGUUAAGCACCUCUUAAUAAAGAUCUGUAGUUAAUAUAUGUAUUUUCUGUGCAAACCAUAAAUUAUUGAUUCUGUGUAAGCAAGCAAAAGGCAGAACUGAAUGCUGAGGUCAAUAAGCCUGCAACAGCUAUCUUUUAACUCUAGAUUUCUGAUAUGUGUCACCAAAGCAUCACUUGUUCUGAAUAUUGUUUUCAUGUUUGUAAUGAAAGUAUAGUUGUGACAAUAUAAAGGAAUGCUAAUAAAAUGCCUUUAAUCUUUUUUCUUUACAUUAAGGUUCUGAAAGAGAUUUCAUGUGAACCAACUGUUCCUAAAGUAUGAAUCUGAAAACCACAGACUUAGUUCUUUGGACUCUUUCCCCUUGGUGCCGGUGGGUAGGGUAUGAAAUCAUUUUCUAAGUGAGAUUGCCAGAGUAAUCUACUAACGCCCUACAACAAUGGAAUGAAACAAGACUACAUACAUAAGACAAGUAUAGAUCCAGAGACUUCAGUGUAUUGAAUUUGGAGGGAGAAAGGAAAGAAAUGAACGCAGCAUGCCUUUGCACAGCAGACUGGACUAAAAGUUUUUCCAUUUAUUUUCUCGUAGUCUUUUUAAAAAUCCUUCAGUGUGGGCCUGGGGCUAGAACUCAGUGAUAGAGUGCUUACCUGGCGUGCGUGAGGCCCUACCUUUAAUCCUGAGCACCACACACAUCACACAUUCAAAUCCUGCAACAUAGGGAAACUCAGUUUUGCACUGUGGGGGAAUGAACACAGAAAGGAAGAAAAGCUGGCUUGAGGUGAAACAACUAGUAAGUGACUGGGCCAGACUUCUAUUCUGUCUUGCUACAAGACCCAAAUUCUUUCCAUUGCCAAGCAAGAAGCAAUGCUAAGAGUGUCUGUACCCCAUAGCCUUACAAAGGAAGCAGGGCCGAUGUUGGCCACACUUCACACAUGCACCUCUCCUGUGCACUAGAGAGGAGUACUUUACUCAAUCACAACAAAAGUUCCCAUAAGUUCCCUUAUGUAAGAUGCUAACUUAGGUGGGAUAUGAACUCUGGAUAAUUAAAAGUUGUAGUUCUGUUUUUGUUUAUAUUGGUAUAGCGGUUUGAGUGUGCCUGGCUGUCACACAGGUCACUCAUUUAUCACCUUAGUAGUGGUAAGUGGUACUAGCUGUGUUUGCUGAUGAACAUACCGUGAGUAUGAACGCAGGGUUAGUAAGUGCUUCACCUCUACCAUAUGUGUGCCACUGAGCUCAGGACACAAGAUUAUGUAACGUUAGAGAAUAACCCCUGCCCUGGAGGUUCAUUCGAGGUCAAUAAUAAUAACUGAUGUUGAGCACCUGCCAUUGGCCAAACAGCACCAUUGAACACAUUUGGUCCUACAACAAGCUAAGUCCUCCCUGCCACCCCUAUUUUAUAGAGGAGCCUGAGGCACAGAGAAUUUAAGUAACUUGUCCAGGGCAUCACAGCUAAUCAGUGUCAGGGCCACACUAUUUCCAGAGUCCUUGAUCUUUAUUCUCUGUUGCCCUGUUAAGUCUUCAUAGAAUUCUGUCAAAAACACUAUUAAUUCCCCUAGAUUACAGAUGAGAGAGGUUUAGGAAGAUUCAGUGCCAGGGCAAGGACAUGUAGUCUGAUUCCAAACAGUUGUUUUUAGGGUAUUCUGCCAUGUGUCUGGUAAGCACUACAUAACCAAAAAAAAAAACAAAAAAACUUUUUUCUUCUUUGCAGUGCUGAGGAUCAAA